AUGAUGGACCUCGUCCGAAUCGAUGAUCCAAAUGUUGUAACUUACCUCUAUCGAACCCAGGUGGAUGAGCAGGCGCUCACCAAUCUGGCCAACCUGUGUCAAUACCUGCGUCACCUGAGUCUGGGCUCUUGUGGAUCUAUCACAAAUUUGGACUCGGUUAUCGCCCAGAUUGCCGCCAAUAACCCAUUGUUGGAAUCAUUGGAUCUUUGGCGUUCUCGCUCACUUACCGCGGAAGGACUGAUGCGAUUAGCUGAUUCUUCACCUAGUCUGCAGCACCUUGACCUGGGCUGGUGUUCUGGGGUGGAGUCUCAGCCCUCUAAUUGCUUUACCUACCUCGUCUCCCGGUGUCCCAACAUCCGGACAAUGAAUCUCACUUCCAUUCGGUCCAUUUGUGAGACUGACCUACAGGCCUUCGGCGAGGGUCUGGCAGCCAGCCUGGAGAGCCUAGAACUGGUGGGCAACGGACUGGUCACUCAGACCGCUGUGGAGGGCCUG